AGCGUGUCGCCGGGGCCGCCACCGCGACAGGCUAAGCAUCAAUUCCCGACCGUAAUUACCGAAGCCGCUACUUCCACGUCGCUGGCGAGAUCCUGGGGACGGUGUUGGUGGUCAAACACCGGGCAGGUGGACGCGAUAAGUGCGGCCACCGAGCACAUCCCCAGUGUUUGGCCGGCGACGCGGUAAGAAGUGGCUUGCCGGUCAUACCGUGCAUCGACCACCUCUUGCACCGUUUUUUUGCACACACGCUUCUUCGUCUACGUUUUGGCCCACCUUCCCCCCAAUGUAACGUUUGCGGCAAGGGGGAAGCAGGAGUGGGAACCUCCCAGGCCAUUGCACCGACGAGCUGCUUCGGCGACCCCAGGCCAUGGCCAAGAGCAGUCUGUGGGCCGGGGGGGGGGGAGCGCACGACAAACACCCACAGCAGACGCGAAGCACAAGAUCUGUAGCACCGGGUGGUGCCACGUGUUGCCCACGUGCCAGAUUUCCAUUGGGCGCCGAGGGCUACCGCGGGCCCUUCGUCUGCUUCGACCUGAAUCCGGCCCGCAUCGCGGAGGGCGCGCUGAGCGGGCAGCCCGUGGUGUACGGGGACGGCGCCAGCCCGAAGGUGCUCCGGAGCGCCGGCGUCGUCAAGCCCAGGGUGAUCAUCAUGGCCUACAACAACCUGAACGUCCGGCUCGCGGGCCUCCGCCAGCUGCGGCUCGCGUUCCCGGGCGUGCCCGUCGUCUCGCGCGCCAGGCACCCGAAGGAGCGGGCGGCGCUGAUAGAGGCGGGGGCCACGUCGGUGCUCUUCGAGUCAGAGGAGGUGGCCGUCCAGCUGUCGCAGGCGGUGUUCGCCGAGAUCGGCGAAAGGCUGGACGUCGACAGCGCGAGGCGGGCCAUCCAGGACGCGGCGGGCCUGAGGGACGAGGGCUCCGACAUAGAGGCGGACCUGGAUCUGCUUGCGAUGGAUAGCGGCUUCUCCAGGCAAGAAGUCAUCAGGCUUUACAGGAUUUUCGAGAGUGCAGACCUCGACGGUAACGGCGAGAUCGAUCCCUUCGAGGCCGAGGAGAUCAUCGCCCGCGCCUCGGACGUUCCGAUGAGCCAGGCGGAUUUCCAGGAGUACAUGCGCACCUUGGACGCGGACAACAGCGGCCGCGUGUGCUUUGAGGACUUCCUCUCGGUCUACGCCCGCGGCUGUGUUCCCGGCCGCGUACGCUAGCACGGCCGGGCUGUUCGCGCACGCUAGAGUUCUGGCGCGCCCACGGCGCUUUGGUUUAACGUCUGCUGCAAGCGAUCGAUUUCCCUCUCGAUCUUCCCCAGCACCCCCCUUCCCUCCCCAGAGAUAUGCCUCCUCGCUUCUCCAUUCCUCCUCCCUCCUCCGUCCUCGACUCGCCCUCCAGCCAGGUACGCGAAGCGAAAGGCGGCACAUGCUCGUUGCGCUGCCCGCUCCUGCCAUGGCCUGCUUUUUUAAGGCCUGAAGGCGCUCGUUAAUUCGGCCGCUGCUUCCAGUCGGUGCCACCUCGACAAUUCCAUCCCGUCGAUCUCCCACUUCCCAGCACCGGCUGAGGCGUUCCAGAAGUGCCCCGCCCUCGAGGGACCGGGCAGCUGCCAUCUCCUCCUCGGCGGACGGUGGCGGCAUGACGGCGGAAGCAGAGGCGGCUCCGCCGGCGGACGCCAGCGGAAGGCCGACGGGAUCUGGCGAAAGUAAAGCUUCUCUGCCAGGCGAUGCCAUUUGGGGGGGUCCAGGUUUCCCUGACUCCGCCAGCUCGGCCCGUCUCAUGCCCUCUCCGUUUUCUCUCUUCUCCUCUCCCGCUUCUGCUGGGAGAGAAAUUAUUUCCAUGUGAUGCACUUUCUCCUCCAGUCCGAAAGGGCAGGAGCUUGCUUUAGGGCUUCACGCGCUGGAACAAGCGCCUUGCGUCUCACAAACUCG